AUGACUUCAAAAAAGAAGCUUCAGGUCCCAUGGCUACCAGCACCUGUCUGGAAAGACUUUCCCAUGACCAAAGGUCUCGGACACCACCGAGCUCCAAUUGGAAUCAUUCUAGCAGCCAACCAAAAGUUAACAUGCGUCUUAGAGAGUAAAAGUCUAAAUCAAGCUCAAGUACGUCUCCUCAACGAUGAUCGUAAAACAGAAGGCAGGUUUGAUAUUAAAAGUUCCCAGCCAGGUCGAGCAGCAACAUUUGGCCUAGGAUCUGUGAGUGUUCCAUUCUUAGAAUGUGAGUACCUUAAGAAAAAUCCAGAAGAUAGUCGCACUGUACUUAUAGGGUAUCCAUCUGAUUCGAAAGUUCUUCCAAUUUACCAUUUUGGUGAUAAAGAGGAAGAUUUCUUUAAGCUCUGGGAUACUCAAGAUGCAGAAUUUGCUUACAUAGAAUCAGAUUAUUUCGGAUUUCUUAUUCCGAAAAUAGACAAGGAGGCUGCAAGGAAAUUACCCGAAGGCAGAAAUCUCAAUGAUUUAAUUAUUUUUUACGAUAAAAUCUUAACCACUUACAGUCAGUUGAUAGGAUUGUCAUUCGAAGAAACUGAUAUAGAUCAAAACGUACGAAACAGGUUUUUUCUGAAAGCUGACAAAAACGGAUUUGGUUUGGCAUAUUACGAUGCAUCGUAUACAGCUGUUAGGUCAGGAUCAGUUUCGUUCUGGUUGAAAAUAAGCCAUACGAAUUGGGGAGCGUUGCAUGAAAUUGGUCAUGGACACGAACUGCACAGACUAAAUGAUGAAUCGUUCUCCGUUGCUGAAACAUGGAAUAAUAUAUUAUGUUUUUUUUAUCAGACAAUUGUGUUUGGUAAUGAAAUGGUAACCAAAGGUUCGAAUUCAAAAAUAAUGAACCUUACUGCAAUACUCAAAAAAGGAACUGAAGUCAAAAGUUGGGAUUUAAUUCCAAAAUUAUCUUUUUUAACCCACAUGUUUUUUAAAGCUGGUCAGAAAUCUUUUUCACGUUUCAACCAACUUACUCGCCGAGAAUAUGCCGGCCAUUCUUAUUAUGCUAGUGGGACAUUAUUAGUGGAAAAACUGAUGCACUUUUUUGCAAUUGAUUUUGCCAUCGACGUGUAUCCGUUUAUGAAAUUGGUAAAAGCAGCAAUACAAGAGGAGCAACUAUUUGAACAUUACUAUGUUUUAUCUAGUAUAGCCUAUCCUCUGAACUACAUAAUAAGCGAUACCAAGAAGAUGACUUCUGUUAAAAACAGCCUUGGUUUACUGUACGAAACAAGUUUAGUUACUCCAUCAGAUUUGCGUUCAACUGAACUGAAAAAUGAUUUUACUGUUAACAUAGAUAACCAAAUAUUUAGUGAUUUAACAGGUGAUAUGCUGAAACUGAUGGACGGAUCUCGAACAGAAGCCGAGAAAAAAAUCCAGAGUCAAAGUAUUAUUUUUAAGGAUGUACCUAUAGGAGUAUACAAAAUUUUUGUUGAACCAAAUGCUAAGAAUAUAAAAUUCUUCUAUGGCGAGUUUUAUGCCAUAGUACACGCCAAUAAUCCGAAGAAGCUACUUCUUAGAGGAAAAGUAUUGAAAGAACCCUCACUUCCGCUUGACAAAAUCAAAUUUCUUGGACUUGCCGUGGAAGCGUUUGAACGUUUGUUCAGGAAAAGCAGCGUCGAUAAAAGUCUCAGAGAUCAAUACAAAGAUUGUUUGCCAUCCUCUUAG